AUGACGGAUCUGCUGCAGGUGCUGCCUGACUUUGACGCGAAACCCUACACCCACCUGCUGCCCUCGCUCGACAAGGCCCUCAUCACCGCCAAUGACCUGCUCACCCUCGACGCCGCCGAUGUUGCUAAACGCGCCCAGCUGCCCGCCGGUGAGCUGAGGAAGCUCGCUGAUGCCGUGAUAGCUGCUCUGCAUCUCCAGCUUGGCUUCGGCGGAGAGGAAGCUGCCGUCGGCAAUUCCUUCCUUUCCGCUUCCGGUAUCCCGGAUGCCUCGAAUGAUGGUUGGACUUGUAUAAGCACCUUGGAUGAAGAGUUGGACGCCGCCUUGGGUGGAGGCAUACCGCGCGGCUAUCUGGUAGAGAUUACCGGGGAGAGUGGUGCCGGUAAAACACAAUUCCUCCUAAGCCUGCUGCUGGCUUCACAAUUGCCGCCUCCCAAAGGGCUCGCCAAAUCGGCAGUUUACAUAUCUACCGAGGCAACACUAUCUACGAAACGUCUCGCCCAGCUGCUAUCCUCCCACCCGACCCUCGCUUCACUACCUGCCGACGAAAAGCCCUCACUGUCGCGUGUGCUGAGCAUACAGACCCCAGAUCUCGAGUCCCAAGAGCACAUACUACGCUACCAGCUACCCGUAGCGAUUAGAAAGCAUGGCAUCGGCCUUGUCAUCCUGGACUCCGUCGCUGCAAACUACCGCGCCGAGUUCGAGAAGCAAGGCGCCGGCAAUGGAGCUGCGGCCAUGGCAAGAAGAGGAACCCAGCUUGUACAGCUAGGCGCCCUACUCCGGGAACUCGCUCGCACAGAAGGUAUAACCGUUGUUGUAGCCAACCAAGUCGCCGACCGCUUCACGAAAGCGCCGUCUGCGCCGUCCUCCAACGCAGCAUCGCGGACAACAUCUACAAACAGCCAAGGCAAUCAGAGCGCAAGUCAGGGAACAGACCACGACCAUGCCACUAAUCCAGCCUCACAGCCAGCCGAAAGCAUCGUUCUCUCCGCAGACCCCCUCGCUCUCGACCACCAACAACGCUGGUUCACCGGCUGGGGCGACUCGCAAUACGAACAGGCGCACGUCCAAAAGACGCCUUCUUUGGGACUUGUCUGGACGAACCAACUCGCGUGCCGCAUUGCCCUGAAGAAGAUACCCGUCCUUUCUGGUAGUAGACCACUCAUACACACUGUCAACGGCCAAGACCAAUGGAAUGAGCAAGAGGAGAGCCACAUCUCAAAGUGGCGACGCUGGUUCAAGGUCGUAUUUGCGCCGUGGGCUCCGCCGUCAGAGGGGAGGGGCGUCGAGUUUGAGAUAGCAGAGAGUGGGAUAAGACAUGUAGUUAAGCCAGAGAAGAAAUGA